UUCUCAGCCAGGCUCCCUGUCAACACAACAGCCCUGCUCCAGAGGAACGCUACUCGCUGCUAGAACGGACUAACUAGUUCAGCUACUGGGGUUAGGAACACUACUCUAAAACGGGCUAACUAGUUCUGCUACUGGUGUUAGGAACACUACUCUACAUCGGGCUAUCUAGUUCUGCUACUGGGGUUAGGAACACUACUCUACAUCGGACUAACUAGUUCUGCUACUGGGGUUAGGAACACUACUCUACAUCGGGCUAUCUAGUUCUGCUACUGGGGUUAGGAACACUACUCUACAUCGGACUAACUAGUUCUGCUACUGGGGUUAGGAACACUACUCUACAUCGGGCUAUCUAGUUCUGCUACUGGGGUUAGGAACACUACUCUACAUCGGGCUAUCUAGUUCUGCUACUGGGGUUAGGAACACUACUCUACAUCGGACUAACUAGUUCUGCUACUGGGGUUAGGAAGACUUGAACAGGCUAACUAGUCUGCUCUUCUCUGGUCUGUGUCACUAUGCUAGGUAGUCAGAAGAUUGUUAUCUUUCAUGAUGCAUUGUUAGGAGAUACUGAAAGGCCUGGGUCUGAGUAGAGAGGAAGCGACACAUUGGUGGAGAGAGAAAGAGAAAGCUACUGACAGGCAGAGAGUUACUAACAGAGGAAGACAUAAGUAAGUGAAGAGGUAGGAUGUUAGAGACAGAAGUAGAGACGGGUAGGGUUAAAGAAUUAGACAGGUGUUGUAUGUAGCUGAAUAUUCCCGUACAGUUUAAGACUUAGACAGGUGUUGUAUGUAGCUGAAUAUUCCCGUACAGUUUAAGACUUUGACAGGUGUUGUAUGUAGCUGAAUAUUCCCGUACAGUUUAAGACUUAGACAGGUGUUGUAUGUAGCUGAAUAUUCCCGUACAGUUUAAGACUUAGACAGGUGUUGUAUGUAGCUGAAUAUUCCCGUACAGUUUAAGACUUAGACAGGUGUUGUAUGUAGCUGAAUAUUCCCGUACAGUUUAAGACUUUGACAGGUGUUGUAUGUAGCUGAAUAUUCCCGUACAGUUUAAGACUUAGACAGGUGUUGUAUGUAGCUGAAUAUUCCCGUACAGUUUAAGACUUAGACAGGUGUUGUAUGUAGCUGAAUAUUCCCGUACAGUUUAAGACUUAGACAGGUGUUGUAUGUAGCUGAAUAUUCCCGUACAGUUUAAGACUUAGACAGGUGUUGUAUGUAGCUGAAUAUUCCCGUACAGUUUAAGACUUAGACAGGUGUUGUAUGUAGCUGAAUAUUCCCAUACAGUUUAAGACUUAGACAGGUGUUGUAUGUAGCUGAAUAUUCCCGUACAGUUUAAGACUUAGACAGGUGUUGUAUGUAGCUGAAUAUUCCUGUACAGUUUAAGACUUUGACAGGUGUUGUAUGUAGCUGAAUAUUCCCAUGCAGUUUAAGACUUAGACAGGUGUUGUAGGUAGCUUAGUGCUCUGAUGUGGUCAGGAUGCCUGGUUAAUUUGGGAGAAUCCACUGAGGGAGUGGUCCAGAUGCUGCUGAUGACAACCCCUGACCAAUGAUAGCUGUUAGCUCCUACCUGCUAGCGGCUGUGGUGUGGAUGGUGGGAGGACUGUGUGUCCGAGGGAUAGGCCACACUCGGGCCCUGAUGUGGCAUCGCGUCCUGGGGCUUCUGAGGAUCUGCCGUCAAGGCGAGGGUUACUUGGCCCCAGGGACGGAGGACGAGGACCAUGACGAUAAAGACUAUGGUGACAGGGACCAUGGAGAUGGAGACAGAGACCAGAAUGCAGUGUCCUCUCAGCCCAUGGGAUCAGAACGUAUGGAGAUGCGAAAGCGGCAGAUGUCGGUGCAGCAGGAGUCGAUGGUGGGAGGAACUGCACUGCCACAGCAGGAGCCAAACCAGAACCAAAACCAGAACCAGAGAGGAAAUAAUGCCUGCUGCUUCUGCUGGUGCUGCUGUUGCAGUUGUUCCUGGAACGAGGAGCGCGAGGAGAGGAACCGGCAGGCAUCACAUGAUGUCAAGGCUGAGGGGACAGCUGACUGUGAGGACAGCCCGCCCCCUACUCUGGAGGAGGUGCGUUCCUGGGCCCAGUCAUUCGACCAUCUGAUGUCUUGCCCAGCUGGCCGGGUGGCAUUCCGAAUGUUCCUGCGUACAGAGUUCUCAGAAGAGAACAUGUUGUUCUGGCUGGCCUGUGAAGAGUUCACUAAGGAGACCAACAAAACUGCCAUUGAGGAGAAGGCCCGUGUCAUCUAUGAAGACUACAUCUCUAUUCUCUCACCUAAAGAGGUCAGUCUGGACUCUCGUGUUCGGGAGGUGAUCAACAAGAACAUGCUGGAGCCAUCGUCCCAGACCUUCGAUGAUGCUCAGGUGCAGAUCUACACGCUGAUGCAAAGAGACUCCUACCCCCGAUACAUGAACUCCCCAGCUUACAAGAACCUGCUCAACUCUCUCACAGAGCAGGCCCCAGAGUCUUAGAGCAGGCCCCAGAAUCUUAGAGCAGGCCCUAGAGUCUCGGAGCAGGCUCUAGAGUCUCGGAGCAGGCCCCAGAGUCUUGGAGCAGGCCCCAGAGUCUUGGAGCAGACCCCAGAGUCUCGGAGCAGACCCCAAAGUCUAGGAGCAGCCUAGAGUAGGCCCCAGAGUUUUAACUCUUUAAAAGAGUGGGAAGAAGUCUUAGAGUCUGCCCCACAGUCUUAGUACUAUAACAAAGUAGAAAACAGUCUUACAACAGACCCCACAACCUUAAUACUAGAACAGAGUAGGAAUGUUGUCUUAGAGUAGGCUGAGGUUUUAACACCAUGUGACAGAGCAGUAGGCAUGCUUUACUGUCUCUGCUGUUAGAGGGAUCAACUCUUAGCACAGGGUUUUGCUCUACUGAAGGGCUUCAUUGUACCCUAAGGGUGUGGGCUCUACGUCCCAAGGGCUCUACAACCUGAGGGCUUUUUUUCUGCUUAUGGCUCUUUUUGACCUGGGUCUGCACUCUACUGAUGUUACUAUUAUCUUUAGGCUUUACUGGACCCUGCUGUCACAGGGCAUUAUUCCACCGGGGCUCUAAUCCCCGAAGGCUCUAUUUUACAAAGAGCUCUAUUCCAUAUAGGGCUCUAUCCCCCAGGGAUCUACUCUAUCAGGGCUCUACUAGUCACCAUCACUACUGCUCCAGAUGAACAAACACUCUCCAAAGGAAUAUGAAAAGAAGGAUUCUCUGUCUAAAAAUAUAUAACAUCUAUAUUUUAUUUGUGUUCAAUAUUUUUUAUUGUGUUAUUAUUAUCUGAUUAUUUUUUGCAUAAUUGUUUUGAGGGACAAGUAAUGCCUAUUUGUUGGCUAUAUGAUAUAUAUUUAUGAGUUUGUAAAUAGACAAAAGGGAAUUAUGGGUAUAGGAAAAUGCCCACUUCUAUCUACUGCGUCUGAGAAUCAAGUGGGUUUGGGACUGAACCCAAGUAAGGUUACAUGGUGACUUCUCCACUCGCAGGCAGCUUCCUGGGCUACUGUAUACUUCCUGGGUUACUGUAUACUUCCUGGGGCAUUGUAUACUUCCUGGGUUACUGUAUACUUCCUGGGUUACUGUAUACUUCCUGGGGUACUAUAUACUUCCCGGGUUACUGUAUACUUCCAGGGGAACUGUAUACUUCCUGGGUUACUGUAUACUUCCAGGGGAACUGUAUACUUCCUGGGUUACUGUAUACUUCCAAGGGUACUGUAUACUUCCUGGGGCACUGUGCAUGUGCACUCCAACAUGGAUUCCUAUUCCAUAUGAAAUGACAGUCUCUGGGAAUAGGAUUCCAUAUGAUCUCAGACUUGGCAACUCCAGUUCAUUUUGAAUCAGAAUCAGCUUCCUUCAGAAUGCAGAACAUGUUUGCUGGGUUUUCAAAGGCAGCACAAUAAUUUCACUAAAUUGGUCUUUUGAACAUUCAGAUCAGAUCUGAAGAAUAUCUGAUGAUCAAUCAAUCAAUCAAAUUUAUUUCUAAAGCCCUUUUUACAACAGCAGUUGUCACAAAGUGCUUUACAGAGACACCCGGCCUUAAACCCCAAGGAGCAAACAACAGUACUGUUGGAUUUCAUCCAAAGAUAGAACAGCGCUGCCUGUGUAAACUAAGCCAUUAAACGGGUCUAUGAUGAUGCGGGCUAUGUUCUACUUUAUAGCGAAGUAUAUACGGAGGAGCUUCAUCUCCACAGAGCAACAAAUUAUGAAUUCUUAGUCACUAUACAGUAGUGGUAAUGAAGAAGGUAGUAUUUAUAAAGCAAGAUCAUGUUCUGUAGAUUUAAACCUCAGAACCCAUAAUGUCCCUCCCAAAUGGAAUCAUAUUUUCCUCAGAGCCCUGUGAGUCUAAAUAGCGAAUAAGGCCCUUGAUACCAUUUGGGACAUCUGAAAAGGAUGCUGCUGUGAAUGGUGAUAUGUCUAUGCCAGCUCAUUGUUUCUAUAUCAGAGUUUUCAUUUUCAGGUGUUGUUUCAUGGCUGACUACAAUUCUUUGUCUUUUAUAAUGAUCAUUGUUUUUCUAACAUAAUAGAAGAGCAAGAGGAGACUGCAGUGGGUUGUUAGGGCUAGAGUCAGGUCUAGAGACAGGGUUAGAGUCAGGGCUAGAGUUAGGUCUAGAAUCAGGGCUAGAGUCAGGUCUAACGUCAGGGCUAGAAUCAGGGCUAGAGUCAGGUCUAACGUCAGGGCUAGAAUCAGGGCUAGAAUCAAGG